AUGGAUUCUCAUAUAGAAGAACUGCUUUCUUUCUUAGAGAUAGGGUUGCUUGAUGUUCGUAUCAUAGGGAUUUGGGGGAUGAAGGGAAUUGGCAAGACAACUCUUGCACGAGUAGUUGCUAAAAGAAUACGUGCUCGGUUUGAAGGUUACAGCUAUCUAGCCAAUGUUAGAGAGGCAACUGAAAAGCAAGGGCAUAGACUACGUAAUAAAAAGGCUCUUAUUAUUGUUGAUGAUGUGGAUGAGGUUGAGCAAGUGGAAGCACUAUGUGAUCGGACUUGGUUUGGUCCAGGGAGUAGAAUCAUCAUAACAUCAACAGAUGAACAUGUGCUACACAGAUAUGCAGAGAAAAUAUAUCAGGGUGAGAACAAAGAUCGUGUAAUAAGAAUAUUAGAAACUAGUUGUGGCUACCGUCCGGAAAUUGAUAUAGACGUUCUCGUGGAAAAAUCUCUAGUAACUCUAUUUGGAAGAAAUUUGUGGAUGCAUGAUUUGAUACAAGAAUUGGGUUGGGAAAUUGUUCGUCGAGAAUGUCGUGAGAGGCCCGGAGAACGUAGCAGGUUGUGGCUUUCCAAGGAUAUCAUCCCUGUACUUGCAAAUAAUAAGGGAACCAGCGCAAUAGAAAGCAUAUUCCUCAAAUUUCCAAAAAAAGAGGAGGUUCUUGCACCAAAAAAUAAAAAAGAGGUGAACUUAAAUGUGAAUGCCUUCUCAAAGAUGGACAAUUUAAGAUUGCUCAAGAUUUGGAAUGGGAACUUUCAUGGAAACAUCGAAUAUCUUUCGAAUGAGUUACAAUUUCUGGAAUGGCAUGAGUGUCCUUUAAAUUCUUUGCCAUCAGACUUUGAAUCAGAUAAGCUUGUUGAACUCAACUUGUAUUCAAGCCGCAUUGAACAACUAUGGGAGGGAGAAAAGUGCUGGAGCAUGCUUCAAUUCAUUGAUCUAAGUGAUUCGCAAUAUUUGAUCAUGACCCCAAACUUCAAAGAGGUUCCAAAUCUUGAGACACCUGCAAAUCUUGUGCUUCAAGGUUGUACAAGAUUGGUUACAGUUCAUCCGUCCAUCGGACUUCUUAAAAAACUUACUUUGCUGAAUAUGAGAUACUGCAAAUCUGUUGAGAGGCUUCCGCCUUUCAUUAGCUUGGAAUCUCUUAAAAGUCUCACUCUGUCCGCCUGUUCAAGCCUCAAGAAGUUUCCCGACAUUGAAGGAAAUAUGGAAAGCUUAUUGGAGCUUAAUCUAGAUGGGACUGCCAUAGAAGAAUUACCUCCAUCAUUUGGACUUUUGACUGGUCUUACUUGUUUGAAUUUAGGCGACUGCAAAGACCUUUUGUGUCUUCCUAGUAGCAUUCAAUAUUUGAGAUCUCUGAAAAGUCUCAUUCUAGCAGGUUGCUCAAAACUUGAUGGCAUACCUGAGAAUCUUAAUUGGUUUGAAUUUCUGGAGAUGCUUGAUCUAAGUGGAACUGCUUUAAGCCAAACAUCAUCCUUUGCAGGUUUAAGUUCUUUGAAAAAUCUAAACUUAAGUGACUGCAAUUUGAUAGAGGGAGCACUUCUUAAUGGUCUUGCAAGCUUAUACUCCUUAGAAAUAUUAAAUUUAAGUGGUAAUAAGUUUGUUCAGCUACCUCAAAGCUUCUCUCAACUCUCAAAGCUUAAACAUCUGGACGUGAGCAAUUGUGGUAGGCUUCAAUUGAUGCCUAAGGAACUUCCAUCAAGUCUUCAACACUUAUUAGAUUAUAGGUCACGUCCCAUACAGGCUGUUUGUAAUCUUGAAGGUAUUAUUCCAGAAUGGUUCAACCAUAUAGUUAGCGGGAAUUACAUCGAACUCCAGCUAUCUCAAGAUUUGAAGGAUGAUAGGAACUGGAUGGGGGUUGCCCUAUGUGUUGCUUUUUCAGUCAAGAGGACUCAUGAAUCUGAAGUGGAACUAGAACUAAUGAAUCAGAUUGAUUCAAAUUCAGAAACUUUUUACUUAUAUCAUUGCACAUUGGGGACUGAGGAAUUUGCAAUGGAACCAGACCUCCUUGCCUCUGCCCAAUUGUUUCACAAGGGGAGAUCAGUUCCAACUUCUGAAGAAAGCUCUGUAAUUCUGCUGAGAAAGAACAAUGUUCAGACACAUAUUGAGGAGACCCAUAAGUGUCAAUUCUACUAUUUUUACCUUAGUGGGAUCCCAGCGUGGUUCCAUCCUGAAGUGGGGUCCUCUCUGUCAAUCAAGCUUCCUGAGAAUCUACACAAGAACAAGAAGUGGAUGGGAUUUGCUCUAUGCGCGUCACUUGCAAACAGGUCUCUCUACGGAAUAUCUGAUUAUAAAGAUGGACUUGUGGUCGCUUACAUUCCAUGGACACGGUUUCCAGAACACUACUUUAUGGGAGCAAGUCCAACUAGCAUGAUCUGGACUUCGUUUAGAACAGAUACCCCUUGUUUAGAGGUUCAAAUCUGUGGAUUCCGUAUUUUGUACCAGCAAGAUUUACAAGGGUUAAAUUUGGCAUUGCAAAGUCCUAUUAGUGUCUAUCUUGAGGCAAUGACAAAAUGGGAAACUUAUGAAGAAGGCUCCAAAAUUCUGCUGAUAAGGAACCUUGAGUCCCUUCUUCGAAGAUACCUUCAGGUACUAAAGCAUGCAUGUCAACCCUAUCAGUUUUUCCUAAGUGGUUCCCCAGAGUGGCUUGGGUCCUCCGUGUCAAUUGAGCUACCUCCGAAUCUACACAAGUGUAAGAAGUGGAUGGGAUUUGCUCUAUGUGUUUCACUUGCAGUGGACAGAAAUAAAUUAAGGGAGGCGUGUUAUCAUUUUACUUGUCGAUUCCGAAUGGAAGACAUUGAUACAGAGCUGAACAUUGAUUUAAGCUCGUCUGAAUCUUAUGCAAGUCAACUUUGGGUUAUUUACAUACCGCGAGCACAGUUCCCCGAACAGUUUACUCAUUCAAGUCGCAUCCGCACUACUUUUUUGCAGAGUCCUGGUGCGGAGCUUAAAAUGUAUGGCUUUCGUGUUCUGUACCAGAAAGAUUUAGAAGGGUUUGUUCAGACAAUCAUCCAGUGCAUUUUACACGGCCCAGAUAUCCUCGUUGGUUACUAUAAUGAUUUGGCUGUAGCAGAUUGGUUAGGUUUGGUUAGAUUGCAAAGCUGUAAAGUCAACGACCCUUGA